AUGUCAUCCCCUUCAAGUCCAGCUUCACAAGGUUCGGCUAUUCUGGAAGUACUGGGGCAUGAACAUCGGAAUAUGCUCGAAAGAGCUGUGAGGAAUGUUUUGAGCACAGAGGUAGCCGAGCUCGUGUAUGCCCAAAUUCUUGAUGGACUUCCCACUGAAAAGUCUCUGAGAGACAGUUCUGACUAUAUCCGAGAUCAUCCUGUUCAUAGCCUUCAGCAUGCCGAGAUCUGUCCCGGAUAUAUAGACAAAGCCCGCGAGUUCAUGAAACAGUUUGACCCAUCACAACUACAGUUAGACUCGAAGACUAUAAAAGCAUUCGCAGAUACAGUGCCUGUGUCAGAAACGUUCAGCCUUCGGCUAAUCGAAAUCGUUGCCGUCACUUGUCAUCAGAUUGGCGCUUUUUUCUUUAGCCUCGAUGAUGGCGCUCACAAGCACAAAUUAUAUGAAGAUUGGAGACAAAGUGUACUGGAAGAAAAGGAACGUGGAGUUAAGUCACGUCGAUACUAUGAUCCUCCUCCCAUCGCCUUUUGUCAUCGAGCAUACCGAUAUCCUGAGCAAUAUCCAAAAGGUCCUGCCGAUGUUGCUGGCUAUUGGGCUGAGUCAAAGAUCCUCGGUGGCGUCAUUGUGUUCGAUCGCGGCGAGACUGAACAGGAGUGCAAUGCCAUGUGGAUCCAUGGUGACUUGAUCAGAGGCCCCAGAACUCUUUAUCCACCGACCCAAGAGCAAUUCGAUGCCUUGGUCAAGUUCCUCACUACCCCAUUCGAAGAAAACUUAACUUGUCCAUUUCCUAUCCAUGGAGCAAGCGUUAAUAGACCACGAUGGCAUCCAUAUCACGCAUUUGCAUACUAUCACAUAUUCCGAGAUAAGUAUGAGAGGAGACUCCCGCCAAACCCGCCACAGCCAGGCUGCGUUGAGGACGGGAUGGACUGGCCAGAACUUGACGAUCGGCGACUUCUUCUCCUGGGGGGGUUUUCUAGCCCUCAAGGCGAGCCGUACGUCAAUGAUGAUGAAUACGCUGCGGCCACAGAAAGAAUUAAAAACAUCACGCCCUCUUCGCCCCUUUGGCGACCAUCUGAGAUAUAA